AUGACAGUCACUGAAAAUUAUCAAAUUAAUGAAGGUGAUAAUACACCAUCCACUUCAUCUCCAUCUUCCGAGAUGGAUUUUCAUCGUCGUAUUACCCAUCCCCGUGAAAAUGGUUUAAGACAAAGAAUAGCUCAGAGCACCUAUUUCUUGAUUACCAUUAGUAUGUGUGGUGGUUUAAUUUUUGGUUAUAAUGCUGGUAUUAUUGCAUUUGCACUUGAUCCAAUUACAGCCUUGUUCGAACUGGAUGUAAUUCCCCAGGGUAUUUUAGUAUGUAGUAUUUUAUUGGGUGCUUUGAUUGGUGCCUUGACUGGUGGUGUCGUUGCUGAUAAAAUUGGUAGAAAACCUGUUAUUAUAUUUACUUCACUUAUUACAAUUGGAGGAGCUGUUGCAUCGGGUGCAGUAUCAUCUCUUGUAGCCAUCAAUAUUACACGUUUUCUUUUAGGUAUUGGAGUUGGUUGUACUUCAUCAGUAUGUCCAAUUCUAGUUGCUGAAUCUGCUCCAAAAGAAAAGAAAAGUUUUUGUGGUUCUUUCUUCCAAAUUGGAAUUACAGUUGGAAUUUUACUUGCAAAUGGAAUUGGUUUGGCAUUAAAGGAAGCAGGUAGUUAUUGGAGAUGGAUGUUUGCAAUUGGAGCAGUACCAGGUGUCAUGUUGUUUGUAUGUUGGGUAUUGAUGAAUGAAUCACCAGUAUUCUUGAUGAAAAAGGCUGAGCAAAGAAGUGGAGUAGCUGUAGCUAGUAGAGCCACCGUCGGCAGUCAAAAUAGAUUUGCUAUGCUCUUUAACAAGUCGUCUCGUAAACCAAUGUUUUUGGGUGUUUGUUUGGCCAUCCUUCUCCAAUUGACCGGUAUCAAUGCAUUUAUGUACUUUUCACCAAACAUCUUUAGAGAUGCUGGUAUCUCUGGAAAGAAUGGUCCUGAUAUUGCAGCUGUCAUUCUCCAAGUUUGGAAUGUCGGUACUACCUUGAUUGCAAUGUUUUUGGUCGAAAGAGUUGGUCGCAAAAAACUAUUGAUUACUGGCUCCAUCAUCAUGACCAUCUCUGAUAUCAUCAUUGCCAUUGUUUUCCUUACAGGUUCAUCAAACUCUGCUGCUGGUUGGGUAUCUGUAGUUUUCCUUUUCAUCUUUGUCGGUGCUUUUGAAGCUUCUAUUGGUACUUUGUUUUGGUUUGUAGUAAAUGAAAUUAUGCCAGAAGAUAUUAAAGCAACUGCACAACCAGUGAUUAAUGCAUUCCAAUGGUUAUUCAAUUUAAUCCUUGCCUUUGUUUUCUUGACUGUCGUCAAGUAUCUCGGACAAAGCACAAUGUUUUGGAUCUUUGGUGGAUUCGGUGUCUUUACCACGGCAUCGUUGUGGGUGUUCCUUCCAGACCUCAAGGCAGCAGCUCCAGCACCAGCAGAUGUCGAACAACCUCAUAUGCAUCCAGUCGAGAGCGAGACCAUCAUGUACUCCAAGAAGCAAAAGGAUGAUGCCUUUAACAAGUCCUCAAAGUAUGCAAAGCCAGCUCAAGAACAAGACCAAGACUUUGAUUCAAAACUAAAGGAAAUGACUGGUAUUGCUCCAAUUGAUCCAAUUGUUUUACCAGUACAAUAA